AUGGCCAUACAUUCAUGUCCGUAUGAAGAUUGCACUUCUACGUUCAGUCGUCCAUACCGUUUGCAAAUUCAUAUUCAACGACAUCAAGGAAUUAAACAAUUCCAAUGCACCCAAUGCGAUCGCGGUUACCAUCGCCGACAGCACUUGCAGAGACACUUUGCCGAGGCCCAUCAAAAUCAUUCGAGAUUAGAAGAACCAUUGUUUUGUGAUCACUGUGACCGACCAUUUAACACAGCAUGGGGCCUCCGCAGACAUCAGGAAAAAAUUAAGGUACCUAAAUUACGUGACAGAACUCACCGCUGUGAAACGUGUGGCCGAAGGUUUUUCCAAGCUGAUCAUCUCAAAAUCCAUUCUCUUAGACAUGAACGUUUCAAAUGUGACAUGCCAUCAUGUCCACUGUCUGAACACAAAUUCAGUUGGUCGUUUUAUCAACAACACUUAGCCACUCACCACUCUGAACCUUAUGUGUGUCAUCAUUGUAACGAACAAUUUAUUCUUAAGGCUCAAAUAAGGCAACAUGUUAUACAACAUAUGCCCAAAUUUGUUUGUACACAGUUGGGAUGUGGUAAAACAUUUGCCGAGUCUAGGUAUAUGCACAAUCAUAUUCAAAUGUCUCAUAAAGAAAGAAGAUAUGAAUGCAGCGUCAUUGGAUGUGAUUGGGUGUUUACGUUCAAAAGUCGUUUAGAAAAUCAUAUCAAAGUCCAUCAACGAAAUGGGAGAAUUGUUCCAAUGGCAAAAAGAUAUAAAAAAAAAGAAAAAACAUAUUUAAUGGCAAAUAAGUUGGCUGCAUUAGCUCUAAAAAUCAACUAA